ACAUAAUAUUGUUUCAGUAGAGCAAUGCUUUGCAAAUUUGGCUCAAGGAGACAAUGAGCAAACAGCUUUUCAGAGAGCUGUCAGAAGGGGCAGUUUGGUUUCUGUGCAAGCAAUACUCACAUUCCAAACUGCAUUAGAGAAAAGCUGGUGGGUUUGUAUGCAUUUUUAUUAUCAAUUCCAGAUUAGGAAUCUGAUGCUAAUUUCUUCUUAAAGCCUGUGCUUGCAGGAGAAUUUAUAUUCUAAAACAAAAAAGGAUUGUGACGUUUUUCUCUCACAAGCUCUUUUUUUUUCCUGGCUUUACUCCAAGGACCUUUUCUGCUUGUUCGUUACAUUCUCAAGAUGAAGCCCCCGGUGGUUACAGCAGUGCUGGUAGUACUGGUGCAGGUUUCUCAGAGUUUCCCUGCCUUGUACCACCGAGCCUGGUGGAGGCUCUUAAAGGAAGGAGAUAGCUGCGGAAAAUGUGAUUUGGCACUUUGCUCUGAGCCAAAGGACUGCCUGGCUGGGACUGUAGUGGACCAUUGUGGCUGCUGUUCUGAAUGUGGAAACGUGGAAGGUCAGAUCUGUGACUUGGACCAGGGCAGUCACUUUUAUGGGCAGUGUGGGGACAACCUCGAGUGCAGGUUGGAUGCUGAUGAAGCCAGGUUUGGGGAAGUCCCUGAACCCCAGUGUGUGUGCAAGUCUCAAGAGAGCAUCUGCGGACCUGACGGGAAAACCUAUGAGAACAUCUGUCAAUUCAACAAAGCUUAUGCAACUAGAAGAAAUAUCACCAUGAAACAUAAAGGACCGUGUGAAUCAGCUCCUGUCAUUUCUAUGCCGCCUCAGGAUGCCCAGAAUUUCACAGGCAACGACGUCAUUUUUGGCUGUGAGGUGUCAGCCUAUCCUAUGCCACACCUUGAAUGGAAAAAAAAGGGGAAUAAAAUGUUUUUACCAGGGGAUGACGCCCACAUCUCAGUACAGGCGAGAGGUGGACCUCAGAAGUAUGGGGUGACAGGCUGGCUGCAGAUUCAAGGCCUCAAAAAAUCAGACGAAGGCAUCUACAUCUGCCAUACCAAAAACAAGUAUGGUGCAACAUAUGCCUCUGCGAGAUUGAAAGUCAUUGAUGGUUCAUCUUCUGCGUUUGCCUUAACUGCUGGCAGUAGAAGUGCAAGCUACGACACUGACUAUGGGGACUACUAUGACCAUUCUGAUGAGGAGGAUGAGGAAGAAUAUGAAUCUGGGGACUAUGAAAAUUGAAACAACCCUGAAUUACAAUUUUUGUACAUCGUCGGACACCUUUCACACUCUGUUAUAUUUACUAGUACUCCUUGUGCUGUAAAUAGCUCCUCCGAUAACACGUACACUACACUCACUUGUGCAUCCCACCUUCCUGGAAUUCAACUUUGGCUGCAGUAUAUCAUGAUACUUACCUGAAAUAAGAACAGUUUUAAGUUCAUGCAUUUAGACUGUUAAAUAAAAUUACGUACCUAGUAAGUACCCUGAAAGGAUCAAAUUUUAUAUUAAUUUUUAAAAAUGUAUAUUGCUCUAUUAAUUUCUUUAAAAGUUUCUAAUUUUUUCUAACAAAAACGAUCAACAGUUAAACUAAAUUUUUACUUUGUAUCAAUGUCCUAUCUUUAUGUAAUGUACUAAGAAAUAGCAAGAUCAUUGACGUGGCAACAAGCCUAGCUUUGAAGGCGGCAAAGGUCUUCUUAGUUCAUAUUUUCUUGUAAGUUUUAACAAGAUGAUGAUUAUUUUGUGGAAUGGUGCAUAUUUAGACUCACCAUGGGUGAAUUCCCUGCCUUUCAGGGUGUCGCUUUGUUAACUUUUAAUACAAACAUGAAUCACAGUCUUAUGCAGGUAAGCACUGCUUUACUAGCAAUACUCAGAAAAGGUUUCCUGUGCAUCCCAACAGCCAGGCGGACCCUCUGACUUCCUAACAGUUCCUGAGCUGCUCUAACAGCACCAGCUCCUUCCCACCAGGUGAGGCAAUGGUUCGAGAUCUGGAACUGCUGUUUAUGUUCUGAACAGCAUCACCUUUGGGGGGAAUUACUGCAGUUGAAGGAAGGUAGCUGCUCCACGGCUCAGUGCAUGCCCCUCAAACACACAGAGAACCAGUAUUUGUCCCUUGUCUUGGUUUGCUCACCACUUGCUCCAGUAUCUGACCCAUCUAUUCUAUGUCCAACAGAAGUGCACGUGCCAUUGCCGUACUUGUGGGAAUGCUGGAAAGGAAAGCAGAUGUCCUUUUCUUUCUGAAAACCACCAGAACACGCACACGUUUUUCAAACUGCCCCAAUCACUUCUUGACCAGCAAGAACCAUGAGAGCAAAUCAAAUGCAACUCAAAAACACAAGACUGCAGAAUGUGAAACAAUCACCCAGAAAAAGAUUCUGUAAUUGCUUUUGUUAAUUAUAUACGUAAAGGCUGGCUCUGCAUUAAUAGGUGAUGGAAGAUACUAAACUAUAAAACCCACUUUUGGGAGGCAUUUCCACCUGCUGGUUCUCGUUGGCUGAGGGCAGAUGAAUAGCAGAAAGUCACUGAAGUCUCUCAGCAAUAAGCAAGGAAGCAAGAGUUCAGGCAUCUGAAUUUUAAUCCUCAUUAUUUGUAAUCUUCUUUAUCAAAUGCACAAAAACACACCGUGAUCGCAGUACACUCUUUGUAGAUUUUUUAAAUGUAUACACAGUGCAUCACAAACACCUCCAUUAAUGUUGUGCUGCUUUGUGCUUUUUUGCCAUGAGACAUAUUUUUCUUCAAUAUAAAUUAUAUUAAGAGAUUGGCUAUAGACUGUGUUUGCCCUGAGGUAUUAUUGAUCUUUGUACAGGUAAGAAACGAGCAUAGAAUAAUUUAUUUUGGCUUACAGUUCCUGGAAUACUGUCAACUUAGAAUACAAACCACAACACUAGGUCAUUGAAAAGAUUAAUUAGUUUUAAUUAGGAGUAUCAAAUGGCUUCAGAUUUAAUCGUUUAUUUUGCUGUGGGCUCUUCCUGGUCUUCUUACUGUUAUGUCUAGUAAGCUUUUUGUUUAUUCACUGUGUAUUACUUUUAACAUAAAAUUGUCUGGUAGGAAUCACUGUAUUUUUACAUGAAUGAUUGUUAAUGUAACUAUUUAAUCUUCAGACAUAUGUUCAAGAUCAAUUGCAAUCUGUGUUGCAAAUGAAUGAAUUAGAUUACUAAAGCACCCACUAAAUUGUGGCAAUGCAUAUUGGCAGGGGCUAGAACAUGGCACAGCAAAAUAAUCUGGAAAUCAUUAGCCAUAGAAACAAAUGAUAAUUCUUCAGGGCCUUCUGCCAUUGCUAAUGCAACAUGAAAAACAGAAGAAAAAUAAACAAUAGUUGAAUAAUAUGUAGCAGAACCAAAUCAAAUACCACACCGCAACUGCUUGGGUGGGUGGACAAUGUCUAUUUAAAAAAGCCUAACCUUUCUAUAACAAAGCGUUCUCAUUUAAAUCUACUGCAUUUAUCUCCAAGGGUUUCUUUUAUUUAAUGUAUUUAAUCUUUACUUGUCAAUUUAAUGUAAUCAUUUCUUGUCAAUUAUCAGCUAUGCCUUUCAAUAAGAAUACUGCACGUUAGGGAAAAUCCUGAUAUAAUGAAAAAAAAAAAAGGAACACUGAUACCCUGAACAUUUACUAGCUCUGGUUUUGAGGGAGACAAAAAUGGCUGACUUUUUUUAUAUGCUUUAAUCAAGUCACUUAAAAUUAAAUAAAAAAAGGAUGGAGAAGA